AUAAAUUGAAUUACAGAAAAGAUGUCAAGUAUUGGAACAGGAUACGAUCUCUACGCUUCACAGUUCUCUCCUGAUGGAAGAGUUUUUCAGAUUGAGUAUGCUGAAAAGGCUGUGGAGAAUAGUGGAACUGCAAUAGGUAUCAGAGGCAAGGAUGGAGUAGUGUUUGCUGUGGAGAAGAUUGUGACCAGCAAACUCUAUGAGAAAGGAGCAAACAGGAGAAUAUUUAACAUUGACACACACGUCGGUAUGGCAGCAGCUGGACUCAUUGCAGAUGCUCGGCAGCUCGCUGAGAUAGCUAGUGAUGAAGCUUCUACAUACAGGAAUGAUUAUGGAUCUCCUAUUCCUUUGCCCUACCUCAACCAAAGGGUGAGUACGUACAUGCACGCGUACACACUGUAUUCAUCUAUCCGACCUUUUGGGGCAACCAUAAUGCUGGGAUCCUGGGACAAACAGGCUGGUGCACAGUUGUACAGUAUGGGACCUAGUGGUGUUGGAUAUGGAUACUGGGGAGCUGCCGCAGGAAAAGCUAAGUCUAAUGCUAAAACUGAACUUGAAAAGCUUAAGAUGGCCGACUUAUCCUGUGCUGAUCUAAUCAAGGAGGCCGCUAGGAUCAUCUACAUGGUCCACGACGAGGUCAAGGACAAGAUGUUCGAGCUUGAGCUCAGCUGGGUCGGGGAGUUCACUAACGGGAUCCACAUGAAAGUUCCAGAUUCGGUAUUGGUUGAAGCUGAGAAGUUUGCCAAGUCUGCUAUGGAGGAAGAUUCGGAUUCUGAAGAUGAAGAUAUGUCCUAAUCAUGAUAACCCUCAAACAAGAAAUCUGCCAAUCCUUACCCAAGAAAUUCGCAAACCCUUCUCCAAGAAAUCCGUCAAAUUAAAGCUUAAUGUAUUCCCUUCUGAAUAUCGUUUUCUGUGAUUAAUUAAUUAUAUGCUAGAUUCCUUGUCCUUUUUUAUCUCGAGUCCUCCUGUUUCA